AUGUGCACGGUGGAUAAGCUGCUCAUAAAGGGCAUUCGCUCGUUCUCGCCCGAGAACGAGCACGUGAUUCAGUUCCCGAAACCGCUGACGCUCAUCGUCGGGCGGAACGGGGCGGGGAAGACGACCAUCAUCGAGUGCCUGAAGAUGGGCUCCACGGGCGAACUCCCGCCGUCGGCGAGGUCCGGACAGGCGUUCAUUCACGAUCCGAAGGUCGCGGACGUCACGGAGGUGAAGGCGCAGAUCAAGUUGCGGUUUAGGAACGUGAUGGGGAAACCGUUCGUGGUGAUUCGGUCGUUUCAGUUGACGCAAAAGGCGAGAGGAAAGUUGGAGAAGAAGGAUUUAGAUAGCGUGAUUCAGAGCGUCGAUGACGGUGGGAAGAUGGUGAGCAUAUCGAGGAAGUGCGUAGACAUCAACGCCGAAGUGCCGGCGCUGAUGGGGGUGUCAAAGGCGAUAUUGGAAAAUGUCGUCUUCGUGCAUCAGGAAGAAUCGAAUUGGCCGCUCGGCGACAGCGCGGGACUGAAGAAGAAGUUUGAUGAGAUUUUUAGCGCGACAAAGUACACGAAAGCGUUGGAACACAUACGAAAAUUGAAAACCGAGCAAACUGGAUUGAUUCGCGAGUUCAAAGGUAAGGUUGAGUCGCUGAAGAUUCAAAAAGACCACGCAAUGAAACUGCGCGCGACGUUUGAAACGAACCGAGACAAGGCGGAUGAUUUGACCGAUCACAUCUCGUCGCUCGAAGCCAAGAUACAAGCGGCGCAGGAGGAAAUCGCUCAGAUCGAAGCAGUGUUUUCUUCGGUGCGACAAAUUCAUGAGAAGCGUAAUGCGUUGAUUGCUCGCCGCGAAGCGGUGACUUCGGAAAACGCACGUAAAUUAGCGAGCAUGAACACCGAGUUAACUGAGUCACUGGAAGAGCUCGAGAAAAUGGGUGAUACGUUCAAUCAAAAGUUUGCGACUAUGAAGCAAGAACGCGACGUGUUAGAUCGCAAGCUUAACGACGUACGUUUAGAGAUGGAGGCUUUGAAGGAACAUCGUGAGCGCAUGAUCAAGACUGCCGGUAGACUGGGCGCGGAAGCUGAAGCGCACACAAAGCGCAUCGCGGAGCGUUCGGUGUUUGCUCAGUCAAUUGCGAAGAAGUAUCCUGAAAUAGGUGUCGAGAUCUCGCCAGAAAUCGCCCCGAAUGCCCUGUCGAACGCGCUGGACUCGCGACUGUCGAUGCGCCAACAGGCGAUUGACAAGAUGCGCUCAAAGCACCGUGAUUUAGACACUGCUUGUGGGGCAAAAAUCGAUGAAAUCACCGAAAGGUUGAGCUCGCACACGCAACGAAUCCAAAUCAUCAACGAGCAGCAAGCUGCGCGUAAAGCUCGCCUCGAAGUGAUCAACAAGGAACUAGGCGAGAACGCGGUGAACGAAUCGGCGAUAGAGGAACUCGAAAACCGUGUGAAGCGAGCAAACGAAGCGUACGCGUCCAAGAGCAAAUCUGAUUUCGCCACACAGCUGAAGGUGGAUAUGGAGCAAGCUGAUCAGAAAUUAGGUGAGCUUGAGCGAGAGAUGACGAAGUUGCGAUCGGAGCAAGAGAGCGCCGUGCAAGCAGGCGAGAGCGAGAUGAAAGUGCGUAUGAAGAAGGAGGAAUAUUCCACUAAGAACAACACACUUGAAACUAUCGUCGACAGCCGUGCUGAGCAACUACGCGAAAUCUUCGGUGCGGCGAUGCCGAUGAACAUAGAGCUCAAGGAUGCAGUGAUUGAAAAAUUGAACGAACUCUCCGAGGAGACGGCCAACGCGCAAACCGAAUGCAACACAAAUACUUCGAACGUCGCCGUGCUCGAACACGAGCUCGAAGCCGCGAGGGCCGCGUUACAAAGUGAUAGAAGAGAAUUAGAAGAGAUCAAGUCGACUGAGAAGAUAGAAGCAAACGUUCGAUUACUUGGCGCGGGAGGUUUUGCUGGAUAUCGAGAAGCUCUCGACGCCGUCAAUCGCGAAGUCACUGACGUUGAGGAGAACCUUACAACGCUUACGGCGUUACAAACCUUGUUUUCGAAGUUUGUCGCCGAAGCCGAGAAGAACCAGACGUGUUCCCUUUGCAAGCGGGGUUUCCCGUCAUUCAACGCUGCGGAUACUUUCAUUCAAGAUAUGCAAACAAACAUCGCCAACGCUCCGGCACAAAUUGCCUCAUUGGAGGAACGCGUACAAAAGACGCGCGAACGCCGUGAAUUGCUUCAAGCUUUAAGCGAGACUGCAUCGCGAUUCAAGGCCGUGUCUGAAAAGAUCCCCAAUUCCGAACGCGAUGUCUCGAAUUUGGAAGACAGUUUAGCCGACGCGCAAGCGAAGAAAAAAAACGCGGAGGAGAACCUUGCAGACAGGCAGCGCGCGAGAGAGUCGACGGCGUCUUUGCUCGAAGACGCCGGAAACAUUUCGCGACUUGCCAAGGAAGUUGACGCACUGCAGAGCACGAUUGAUUCUUUGGAAUCUCGUUACCUCGAAUCGAAUGGUGAGACGCGUUCGGCGCUGGACAUCUCCAACGAGAUAGAGAUGCUCGACGUGAAGCGCGAAGCCGCCGAUCGUGAAAAGGCAAUUUUGGUCAAGCGUAAGGAGCGGCACGAAACGGAGUUGUUAAACCUAGAGCGGAAUGCUCGUGACAUGCGCGAGGAACUGCUCGUGGCGCAGUCGCGCGGCGAGAAACGCACACAGCUCAAGGCGGAGAUGGCCGACAUCUCUAAGGCGACAGCGGAGAGCGCUGCGGAGCAAAAGCGAAUGGAGGAAGAGCGCGCUCCUGGCCUCGCAGAGAAAGAAAAACUCUCGAGUGAGCGUGAAUCUCAACGCAAGACGCACGCUCAAGAGCAAGACGCGCUUGAAAACGAAAUUCGCGAGUUGCAACGCGUCGUUGACACGAUCACCAGUAUGAGCAAGACAAUCGAGGCGGCGGAUGCUGCGGGAACUUCUGAGCGCUUAGUAGAGCACAACAGAUCGCUCGAGGAGACGAAUGGGAAAAUAGAAGAGCUUGAGGCCAAGUUACAGACAAGAGGCAAACAACUCAAGGCGAAAGAGGAGGUCAUCGCGCGACAAAACGAUCUGAAACGCGAGUUGGAAGAUAACAUCGCGUUCUUGAGGGGUAAGCGAGAAGAAGAAACGAUAUUGAAAGAGAUCGAUCAACUCACCGCGGAGAUGCACAACAUGGGCCAGAUGCCGGAUGUGGAAAAGAAGCUGCGGCAAGUGACGAACGUCAAGAACGAUUUCCGUACCGAGGCUGCCGAAGCGCAGGGUCGAGUGAAGGCGCAUCGUGAGGCUAUGAAAGCCGCUGGUGACCAGCUGAAGGGUGCCGAGUACAACAACAUCGAGAAACGACUGUCGAAACAACUCGUCGAAUUGAAAACCGUCGAAAUGGUGAGCGAUGACUUGGAUCGAUAUCACAAAGCUCUUGACAAGGCACUGAUGUCAUUCCACGCGACCAAGAUGGAAGAAAUCAACAAGGUUGUUCGCGAAUUAUGGCAACGCACCUACCGCGGUCAAGAUAUUGAUAGCAUCCAGAUCCGAAGCGACUCUGACGGCACUACCGGCAGAAGCUCGUACAACUAUCGCGUCGUUAUGUUGUGCGGCGGCGCAGAGCUGGAAAUGCGCGGUCGUUGCAGCGCCGGACAAAAGGUUCUCGCGUGUUUGAUCAUUCGCCUUGCACUCGCUGAGACGUUUUGCUUGAACUGUGGGAUCCUAGCGCUUGACGAGCCGACGACAAAUCUCGACGCGCCAAACUCUGACGCUCUCGCGAGGUCGCUUAUCGAAAUCAUGAAGAGCCGCCGUGAUCAAGAGAACUUCCAAUUGAUUGUCAUCACGCACGACAUGGAGUUUGCUCACGUACUCGGUCAGCGCGAACUCACGGAUUACUAUUGGAGAAUCACAAAAGACGACAAUCAGCAUUCGCACAUCGAAAGAGAGGACAUUUAUGACUAA